AUGGUCGACAGGCUCAGCUUCAUUGUCCUUCUUCUGGCCAUCUCCCCUGUACUCGCUUCUCAACCGUUGGCGCCUUCACCAGUAGAGGCGCCGCUUCGAGACCUAACCUGGGGACAAAUAAACUUCUUGCAUACCACAGAUACUCAUGGGUGGCAUGCUGGGCAUUUGCAGGAGCCAUCAUACUCCGCGGACUGGGGUGAUUACAUGUCCUUCUCUACCCGUAUGCGCGAGAAAGCCGAAGCAAAUGGUCAGGAUCUUCUCGUGAUCGAUACAGGCGAUAGAAUAGAAGGGAAUGGCCUCUACGAUGCUUCUGAUCCGAAGGGAAAAUACACCUUCGACAUUAUCAAACAACAGCACAUCGAUCUGAUAUGUACCGGCAACCAUGAGCUCUAUAAAAGAAAUUCAUCGGAGAAUGAAUAUAACAUCAAUGUGCCUAACUUCAGUAGCAGCUACCUUGCAUCAAACUUGGACAUCAUGCAUCCCGAAACAGGAGAGCAAAUCCCUCUUGCACCACGGUUCAAAAAGUUCACCACGAGGAAGCAGGGUAUUCGGAUAACGGCUUUCGGGUUUAUCUAUGACUUUACUGGAAACGAGAACAAUACCGUGGUUCAGCCGGUUGAAGAUACUGUGAAAGAGACCUGGUUUCAAGAAGCAAUCUGGGAUCGCGAAGUUGACCUAUUCCUUGUCAUCGGCCACGUGCCAGUUCGCUCUCCAGAAUUUCUCGAGCUUUACCAAGCAAUUCGUAAAGUGCAAUGGGAUACACCCAUUCAGUUCUUUGGCGGUCACACGCAUAUUCGAGAUUACAAGAAGUAUGACGCAAAGUCCUUCGCCCUUGAAAGUGGACGUUUCAUGGAGACUAUCGGUUUUCAGUCCAUUGACGGACUGUCGACCAGCACGAAAACUGUUCAGACAUCUGCCGCGCCAAAAUUUUCACGGACCUACAUCGACAAUAACAUGUUUUCAUUUCACCGUCAUACGCAAUUGAACGCAACAACAUUCCCAACAGAGCACGGUCAGAAUGUGUCCAAGGAGAUCAGGGCGGCUCGUGAGCAUUUACAGCUGGAUACUACUUAUGGAUGUGCAGAGCAAAACUUGUGGAUGUUCCGUGCAGAGUAUCCUAGUAACAGCAGUAUCUUUACCUGGUUGGAGCAACGUGUCUUGCCAGACGUUAUUGCUGACAAGAACAGAAUGAACAAAUCCAGGCUCGCUAUGGUAAACACGGGCGGUAUCCGAUUUGACAUCUUCAAGGGACCUUUCACUCGGGACUCGACGUAUAUCGUUUCUCCCUUCACCAGUGGAUUUCGCUACGUCAAGGAUGUUCCGUACGACAAGGCCAGCAAGCUAUUGACAAUUCUGAACAACAAUGGCGAAGUUAUCCAGAAUAUGGAGCCCAGUCUGCAGAGCUGGAUGCUUGCCCCUGUCGAACAACGGUCCUCUUCAGCGCAUGUGUUCACUCAAAAAGUGACUGUUCCACCCAAUGAGGACCUCCAGAGGCCGCUCUUGUCUGAGCAUGAUCUCACGCCUGGCUAUACCACAAAAGACGACGCGGGCUCUGAUGGCGACGACACUCUGCAUGCGCCCAUUGCUUCCUACAGGGUUCCAAACGUUAUCCAGUCCCAGAUUGAUCCUCCUUUACAAUCAGGCGACCCUGAGACGAUCGACGUGGUGUAUAUUGAUUUUAUCCAGCCCUGGGUGCUCCUAGCGUUCCAGUUUCUCGAUUUGGAUUAUUCCAUCGACGAUACAGCUGUCUAUAUGGAGGGCGAGACUCUUACCACUUUGCUAGCAAAAUGGGUCACGGCAAACUGGAAGGACAACUGCUAG